AUGAAGCCAGAAGAGAUUCAAUUGCAGCUAAAAUUGAAACAUUAUAAGAUAACUAAUGCUUCAGCAAUCAAUUAUUUGUCAAAUCCAUUAAACACAACUAAGAAGUUCUUGAAGUUAUCAAACUACUUAAAUAAGAUGUUGCGGGUAUAUUAUAAAUGGAGAUUCAUUUGAAUUUACACAAAUUCAAGCUCAAUCAGUUGCUGAAAAAUUAAAGUAAUACAGCAAUUAAAUAAAAUCAUUCUUAGCUUUAGCUUAAGAAUAAUAAGUAAAUUAUUAAAAUAUUCAAGGAAUAAUCAUCUGGAAAUGGAUCAAAAUGGAUCAACAUGGCUGAAAAAGUAUUGGAUGUUCUUGAAGGAUUAGAAAGUGAAUUAGAAGCAUCAUUAGAAAAUUUGAAAUAAAUGAAAUUAAUGCAUCUUGGGAAAAUUGGCUGGAUGGGUUUCAUUAUCUGAAGCUGAAAUAACAAGUUUGGAAGUAGAAUAUGAAAGAAAAUAAGUAUUUGCUGAUAGAACUGCUACUGUAUAUAUAAUAUUAAUGAAAUUAGUAAGUUCAAGAUGCUCUAGCUUAAUAAGCAAAAUCUAAGAUUAUUUUGUAAGAAUCAUAAGAUGCCUUAGAUUAAGCAUAAGCUGAUUUGGAAUCCAAGAGAGCUGAUUAUGAAGAAGCAAAGGCUAAGAGAAAUGAAGAGAAUGCCAUUUUGGAUGAGGUCAUCAUCAUGUUCAAGAAAUAAGUCGCUUCAUGGUCUGGAAGAUGA